AUGGAGGUCGAUGUACCCGUAGAUUGGGUGAUCGUGUUUGGUCUGGUUCAGGUAAUUGUCCCAGGCGUUGCUUUCGAGACUCUCAAACGCUCCCUCGCCAGGAUAGUCCUCGCCGCACGGCGACUCGUCGCUCCUGGUGAAGUGGAAGUUGAACGAGUGGUCGAUGUCGAUCCCAAAACACGCAGCGUUUUUGGUGCGAGAAGACUCCCAAAUAGACACGUUUUGCUCGUGUGCGGCAAGCAGAAGGCCGUCCAGCUGCUGUUUUGUGUCUGCGUGCACUCUGACGACGUACUGGUCGUGGUACUGGGACAGGUCGAUGGGCCAGUUGUCGGGAUGGAGAGAAGAGUAGUGAGUGGAUUCCGACUGGACGUUGGCAGGGUUGUCUAUCAGGGCCAGGAACUUGGCGUCCAGAGGGGGCUGGGAAAACAACGGGAGCUGCGGGAGGCUCCAGCUGAGUGCCCAGGCGCUGCUGGACAGCAGGCCGAAAACAAGAUAAGUGACCUUCUUUUUGAGAGCCUGGGGGGUGUUUGCGUUUGGCUGUCUGAUCUGUUUGAGCAGACAGAAGGCGGAAAAGGCCAGGAAGGCCACGACGGAGAAGAUGAUGGCCCGGUGGAAGUUGUCCACGUCGAGGAACGGGUACGGGAACCGGCCCUCGGCGGGAACCACUCUGUCCAGAAGGAACCAGUACCCGUUGGCCAGCAGAAACGUUGUGACCAGGGCCUCUUUUUUCGAGACCGUCCAGGGGUCCAUGAAGAAGAAAUAGUCUGUGAGCAGCGAUGCGAACGGCAUGGCGUGGAUCAACAGGUCCAGCCACAGUGGGACACCGGGGCCCUUGAGGAUCAGGUCUCUACUAACGAGCCGGAGCCCCCAGUAGACGAAAGAGACGAUAAAUUCGACGGAAAUGGCCAUGGAGUUGAUGAACUGGCGCGCGUACGCGAGGGACGAGAUCUCAAACAGCUGGUGGACCGCAUUUAG